AUGCACUGGCCACGGAGAAAAAAGUCCAAGGUCGCUGAACGACCAGCCCGACCGGUUUUGCCGGGGCCAACAGAUAUUGUGAAGUCGCCGACAACAGAACACAAAUCAUCCGCAUCACCACCUGCGCAGGGAAACAGGCCUGAGUCGAUUUCCCCUCAAGCAGCAAAGCAAGUCCUAUCCCAAGUGGCGGAGGAACAGACAGCGACUACCGAUGGACCGGCAUUAGAGUCCCCACUUGGAAGUGCUCCUCCCCAGGGAUUAGAUGCGACCGAAAAUGACGAAAUCACCGCAAUCUGGGUGCAAGUGCAGGAGAGAGUGGCGCUGUUAGCUACAAAGGAGGGCAAGGAGAUCAAUAGUGGGUUGGAAAUUGAUGAUGUGAUCGCAAAUCUCGAGGCUUCUCAGGAGAAGGAAGAGGAAUCACCAACCACACAAGCUGUGAAAGUCGCCUUUGGGCGAACUAUGGGCUUGAUUAAGACAGUUGGAGGUAUUGUCGUCGACGGAGCAUCUACGGUUUUUGCACCGGCAGGACAAUGCUACAACGCGGUUAGCUUCCUUAUCAACGCGUACGACGGUUACCAGGGCGCCUUUGAUGGUCUGGCCGAGCUGCUCGAAAAAUGCUCGGAUCACCUGGGCCGUCUCGACUACUAUGUCAAGGGAGGUAUGGAUAAGAGAUUGAGCAAGCUAGCUGCGCAGCAACUGUUACUGUUUGUUCAGAUCUGUGACGCUGCACUGGACCUACGAUAUUCGGCCGCUGAGAAGAUCAAAACUGGACUGAAAAUCGCCUUCCUUGCGGAAAACUCCAUCCAGGGUCUGUUGGGAGAGAUGGCCAAGUUGGGCGAAAGAGAGCGCGGGUUGAUUUCUGCGCAGACUUUCUCGCUCGCCUCCGCGGCAGCCACCAGUGCUGCUGAGGGAGCCGCUUCCAACAAACAGGUCCUGGAUACUCUGGUUCAGAAUGGGGAGGAGCAGAAGGCACGGGCUGAAAAUGUGGACAAGAAACGGACUCUGAUGGAUGUUCUGGCCUUUGACGAGGACUCUGAGCAAUGGAAUAGCUCUAAACAAGCCCCCGUGGAGAUUUGGCAGAUAAUAUACAACGACAUUCGCAAAGAUGUUGUGUCAGGAACUGGAAAAUGGCUUUUUUCUCAUCCUGCUUUCCAAUCGUGGAUAUCUGACUUUUCGUCCUCUCCGAUCUUGGCAGUCGAGGGAACAGAUAUUACAGGUAAAAGUUAUUUGACCUCUUCAAUGGUCAAAUACUUGCGAACAGACGUGAACUCUCAACAUCCUAAUUUGCGACAUCUGGUAUCUUUCUUUUUCCUUGACCACGAGAAGGCCAGCCAUGGCUUUGACGACGCGGCCAAGUCCCUGAUCUGGCAACUUGCAGACAAAGAUGAGCCGUAUAUGAAAUCUGCAGCACAAAUCUGCCAGAAGGUUGGAGCGCUCGAUCCAAGCGACAUAAUUCCUUGUCUACUGCUGGGAAAUAAAGAGUUCGAGCACAUGGAUGCCGUUUCCUACCUUGUCAUUGAUGGCGUAGGUGACAAUUUGGACGCUUCAAUGCUAAAAUUCCUGCAAAACUUGUUUCAAGUUCAGAAUAAGAAGAUUCGCGUCUUCCUGACUGGCACACCAAGGGCUUUCGAACAAAUAAAGAAAAGCAGUGUGGCCUGCCCUAGCAUUCCAAUCAGCCGCCACAACCAUGACGACGUCAAAAGGUUUAUCGAGGCUAGGAUGGAUGACAUUGAUGCACUGGCAGACACAGAACGCCCGGGGAUAUCAGAGCAAAGGGAGCAGAUCUGCAAGGACCUUUUACAGACAGCUGCAGGGGACUACUACAAAAUUGACUCGGCGUUGCACAUUAUUAGCACGCUGGACUAUAUGGAGGAUAUCAAUCGAGUCAUUCAAGAAACUCGCGGUGACCGUGCCAUGCAGCUCCACCGUGAGAUAGAUAUGUUGAAUCGUGAGCGUUCUCCAAGGCAAAUCCAAGAGAUGAAUCACCUCAUUCGCUGGAUCACAUUUGCCUCUGAAGACGUCACGGGAAGGCUAGCCUCAUCGCUACUGUAUCUGGUCACCGGGAAUGUUCCAUUAAGACCACUCGCUGAGCAGAUUCGGACUAAAUAUCUGUUGUUCAAAUUGAAUGCGGAAGGCUGCGUCGAAUUCAGGUCAUCGAAAGCGCUGGAAGCCAUCCCACACCGGAGUGAAUUGGCAAGGUCUACAAGAAAUAAUGGUCAAGAAAUCCAGCCGGGGGAGAUCGAUAUAGUUCUGCACUUUCUCAACAACGUAUGUCCGCCUGCGUUGUAUCAAAAGCUUGGAUUACGCGAAUAUCUGCAGAAGAAGUCGACCCAAAAGCAAGAUCAGAUCCAACAGGAGGACAAGAAUACAGGGCAUCUGCAAAUGGCGCUAGAUUGCAUACGUUCUUUCUCCUAUGGUUACGAUGCGAGUCUCUUGCCGCUUCAGCAAUACGCCACGGAUAAUUUCAUUUUUCACUUGUCCUCGGUGGAUUUGGCUAUGGUUGAUCGGGACCAAAAAAGCCAAGUUGGGGAGUCAUUGGUUAGGUUAUUCACAAGGAAUGAAAGCCUUGACCCUCUCAUGAUGCCGAAGGGUGAAAUGUCUUACUCGUAUGACAAUAAAACCCUUUGGCUCAAAGACAAGAAAACAAUCGACGAAUUGGUUAGAUGGCUUCGAGACACAGCGGUGGUAUCAAGGGUUACUGACGAGUCUGAUCAAUCUUGGAUUCAGAGCGUCGUCUUAGAUGACGCAGCCGAGGCCCUGUUUAAGCCGUCGGCGAUCAGACUGGCUUACCUUUGCUUGAGAGAGCCAAGUUCAGCUGAGGAUGUCAGCAACAUCUUUUAUUUUCUUGAGAAGUUUCUUCAGAUGAGCUCGGAUGGAACCGACAAGGAUGGAGACAAGACUGUUUUCAUUAACAAGUUCGAGCAGUGGGCUUACGAGGCACUCCAGCUUUCUGAAAAAGACACACUAUGGCAUACGCAGAUGGCCAUAGUUUAUGCAGGAUGGUCCACGAAAGAUGCUAUCGAACGCUCUGAGCUGGCUUUGAAAUUGGAUCCUAACAAUUGGAGAGCAUCCGUUCGCUUUGCAAUAUUUGCUCCAUUGAAGGAAGCGAUUGAGAUAUUGCAGACGGUGAUCAGUCGUAGAAAAAAGGAUCUAGGUUGGAUGCGAGAUCCAUCCCACGUGAAAGACCUUGGUGACCUAAACUAUGAGUUGGCUGAGAUAUAUUGGAAAGAUGAGCAGUUCGAUCUUGCAAUCCCAAUUUAUGCUGCGUCCUUAAAACAAGCCCCAGAAGCUGGGCACAUGUUUUUGGGACUCGUCGUGCAAUGCCUGGACAAGGGGCAAGAAACUGCAGUUAUCUCCCUUAUCGACGAGUUCUCAGCGAUCGACAAUGGAAAGCACCUCGCCGAAAUAGUAAUGAAAGCAAGGGACCCGGGUUUCAUUUUAUCUCUCGAUGAUCAAAUUCGGAAGAUCGCCGCCAGAACAAAGCAGUUUAGUGUUUUUGAUAAACUAUACGAGCCUGCAAUCCGCAAGGGUGAGAAGACAGACGACCAGGAGAUCCUGUGCAUGGUACGAUAUCUGUAUGGAGAGGGUCUCCAUGAACACAACGUGCGUGAGGGAAAAGCGAUCGAGUUGUGGGAGACUUCCUUGUCGACCUGUCUCACAUCUGGUUAUGUGAUGUUGGACAAACUAAUUACCAAGUUGGCCCCGCUCUAUCUACAAAAAGCCCUCAUCGCCAAAGCAAAUUCGGAAUCAAACACCGUGGCAAACUAUCUUUCAAGACUUUCAGAUAUGUUGCCGGAAGGAGUGACCGCGUCACAGGUUGCUUUCCCACCCCAGCUCUGGCUGGCCCGAUAUUACCAUCUUGAUGAUGAUGAUGCAAAGGCUCAACAGAUGGUGCGAAGUUUGCUUCAGGUAGUCAUCGAGCUUCUAUCUGAUGAAGAAAAGUCGAACGAUAAGUAUGCGUUUAAAAAAGCUCACUCUGUUUUUAUAUCUCUCGGUGACGAAAAAAACGCAUUGACUGCCCUAGCCAUGGAGACGCGCGAAAGUGGAUUGCGCAUGGGGUUAUCCUGCACCGGCAGUUGCGGUCAUUAUUGGAAAUUUCCCAGCGAGAUGUGGAUCUGCAAGCACUGCGUAUAUGUGCGUCUGGAUGAUGACUGUAUGACGGGGUUCAAAGAGGGUAAAUUGGAAAAGAGGAUCUGUAAUCCAGAUCAUGAUUUUAUGAAGGUUCCCAAAUGGGAUGGAGACUGGUUGGGCUCGAUUCCAAAGGGGAUGGUACCUUGGGGUGACCAGAUUAUUACCUUGGAUGAGUGGAAAAAUGAGAUCCGAAAGGCAUACCUUCAUUCCAAUGUUUGA